UUAUGUAUUAUCCUCAUAUAGACGUUAGCCGAUCUUGAGUCGAUCGAUUGCCAUCCUUCCGGCGAAUCCUUCCUUACUACACUUUGUGGGUCUAUGAAAAACAUGUAUUGUUUCUAGAUUGUGUCAGUGUUCGGUUUGCCAUACUUUCAGGGCAUUCUAAUUUAUAUUCCCUCUUCGAUGCCGUUGGCUCGGGCGCAGAGAAUAAUUGUUGUUGUUACCCCCAAUACCAGGCAUCUCUGGGCGUGCGGCCAUUAGCCCCUUAAUUCCAUUCCCUUCAUCUCCAGCAUUCUAUAAUGUGAGAAAGGCUAUCCCUAUGAACGACACAUUAGCAAAAUUUAGUGAUAUGCGAAAAUUAACCUCAAGUUCGCUCGAGAACAAGAAUCUACUCUACCUAGCUGGUGGCCUGAGUUACUGUAACGUGGAUGUCGCUCAUCGCGAUCGCGUGGACUGUAACUAUCAGUCAAGUCGGACUUUCGCUGGCUACCACUAGUUCAGAUGUUUUAGAUGCGACUAUCCCGAUAUCGAUUAACACGUCUUCCAUGCCGAUGAAAGCUUUGGAUGCAGCGCCGGAGAGCGAUUCGGUCAUGACCUUGUCUGUCUUGUUUCCAACGCUUACUCCUAGCCCCACGUCUACGGACCAACAGCGACUAGAUUUGAGCGCCACGAUACCGAAUAUCAGCUUGGGGAGCUUAACGUCGCCGACUGCAUCCCGAACUAGUCUCAAUAACCCAGAUAACACUCAAGAGCCUUCGACUGUGUUUUCUCCUGAGAGAGGACUUAGCCGGGGGCAGAUCACGGCCAUUAUAGCAUCCGUUGUAUCGGUGACGGUGCUCAUUAUCGUAAUAUCUAUAGCGGUGCGUUGUUUCGUGGUACGAAGACGGUUAUAUAGCAUAGAAGAAUUGCCGAAGCGAAACUUAGAGAUAUCGUCGGCCGGUAAGGAGUCUCGAACAGAACAAGGAUACAAGAGCGAAACUAGAACUUCGGUAACCGAAUCAAACCGCAGCUCAAUAUGGGGUGUCAUUGGCCAAUCCAUCGUCCCUACAUCUUCAAACGAUGAUGUUUGGGAUAGCCGACAUUGGCCUCUUCCUCCGGGGCACUCGGAACGGUACACUUUCUUUAGCGAACGAAGCUCGACAUCGAUGGAUGGAAUAUCGGAGACAGAGCAAUGGGGAGGAUAUCAAAAUGAAAACCGAAAUACAAGAGACCAUGAUCUAGCAGUGAUUAGGAGGGAGUUGGGAAUGAGAAGUAGAUGCGACAGUAUAUGGGGAAUUUCUGACGCAGGUAUAGCACAUUAAUGAAAACAUCCAGCUUAUGAGUUAUGACUGAUGAAUUAUUUGAAACUUCAUGGUUCAUAUCAUGAGGUUACUGUGGUGCCUGGUGAUUUCUAAGUUGAUACAAAUAUUCGCAAUAUAUAGGUAGCUACCUAGGUAGGUAUGUGCCUAGUACUUAGAUGAAAGAAAAUAUGAAUAGAUAUGACGUAUGUAUGUUUAAAGGAAAACUCUA